AUGGUUGCAGACACUGCACGCAUCAACAAGCGUCUCCAAUUACCAGUCGAAAUACUGGAAGCAAUCUUUGCGCACGUGUCGGAUAAAGAGACUCUUGCUGUGCUCUGUCGUGUCUCGCGCACAGUAUUUGCGAUAGCGGCACCCAUCCAGUACAAGCGGCUGACAAUCCACAACAUCUCGAUAACAGCCAACGCUAAGCUCGCGAGAGCCCUGAAUAGUCCUCGCUAUUCAUACCUAAUUGUCAACCUCAUUAUUUUUGCACACCGCUAUUGCACGCAGAGCUCAGUUAGGAACGGCCGUUGCGGAUGCGAAGAAUGGGAGCUGAGCAUGAGCAGACUCACGUGCGAGCUAAGGAGCCUCAAAUCUUUACAAAUUAGGUGCAAGAUGUGUCGUUCUCACUUCACAAGGUUGGACUUUCUCGCCAACCUCAAGACUCGAUCCCUUCGAGAGCUCAAUCUCGAAUGCAGUUGCGCAAAGCCCGCUAUCAACACGCGUAGUAUUCUCCACGCCCCAUGCAUGCGGAAUGUUACCAUGCUGGGCUGGUCUUGCGGUCCAGGCCUACCUUGGCAGACGACCAAAAACUACAUAACAGACGAUAUCUUCGAAGACUACACGGUUCUACCUGAACUCAUGACAAUACGUCUCGAGGAGGAGAGCCAGCUUACUCACCUAUUACAGACCCGGCCAAUAACCCGUCUUGGCCUCGUAUACUAUAAUGAACCAGCGCGGCGCCAUCUUCUACGAGUCGCAGGGAGCUUGACUCAUCUCAAUAUUGGAGUGCGUGACUCAGCAACCAUCCAAUUUCUUGAGGACGUUGGCCCCAGAUUCCAGAAUCUCCGCUACCUCGGGAGGUUAGCAAUAGACCCGGUUACUGCCCAGACAAUGCUUCAAACGUUCCAAACGUUACGACCACUCGCUCACACACUGGAGGGGCUGAAACUGGAUCUAUGUCGGUGGGAUGACUCCAUGCCUGCCACAGCUAUACUGGCGGCUCUAGAGAAUCUGCUUCCUAAUCUGAAAGCCGUUCUCUUUGAUGGAGAUGAGGUUGGGCCCUUUAAUGAUAUUACAAACACUAGAAGAUCUUCUCACAACGCCAAACCUGUUUCAGUGCUCCCACCGACGCCCAUAGCGCGACAGCAGACCAGGACACGCCAGCGUCUGCCGCCCGCUAUAUUCCCAACCAAAGCAGCCUCUAAGUCGCUCAAAUCCCAGCCAAGGGCUUCAUCGUCUUCAUUACGCGCGUCCAGACGCGUCUCUCGGGUUUGUAAAGCGGCCACCACUGCAUCGCAGCAGCAGCAUACUCGCCUGAGAUCACAGUUAAAGCUGAGCUCCCGCGAUAAAGAACAGACCUCACAUCCGCCGCGACGUCAUUCAAGAACGCUGCGAUGGCAUGCAAAGGAGGCACUCGCAGACUUGCGGUUGCCUUUUCUCGCACCAAGCUCGACGGUGACAAACGGGCGAAAAUGGAGCAUCGACAAUCACCUGCUGGGGCGUCAUGGCUAUCAGGCGCGGCCACUGCUCCCUGACGACUUUGGUCCCCUCCGUACCGGGUCAUGGGAUCCUCCGACUCUUGAUCAUUCUCCUGGAAACCUUGUACAGCCCGCCAUGGCCAUUUCUCGAUUUGCUCAACUCAUCACCAAACCGGGGUUUUCUUUGACGACGUUCCAAGUUCCAAUGUCGUGGAAUAUACUUGAAUCGGCCCCAUGGGAGUGGCAUCCACGGUCGAAUGACUGCUCUGAUGAUACUUGCCCUAAUAUUGGCGAAGAACUGCAUCCAAAGCUCUAUCUGCGAGAUACGGAGGAUGCGCAUUGGUGUCGAUCAUCGCAUGACUCGCUGCCAACUGGUGCAAUUCGGUUCUGCCCAGCCGGACAACAUCCCGAGUCGGCCAUCACACUGUGCGCAGCGGAGCAGCUUCACGAUGGUGAAGAAGUGCAGAACGUGGUAGCAAGACUCGCAGAAACCUUUCACCCUACACUUCAGCGCUUUGUCCGACAAUAUCUAGACACCCGACGCACGCCUGAAGACGUGAUGCCUCCCUGGAUGGCGGCAUUUGGGAUCAUAUAUGACCAUGAUGGCCUUCUUCUGUAUGCGUUCUACCCGUACUACAGGCAAGAGCGGACCCCGGACAUUGGAGUCGAUGGCGGUCAUUGGGCUGCGGCCGCAGAUGAGAUUCGCCUCACAUACGCGGAAGUCAUGCAAGAACCUGUGGAGACCCGCUCGGACAUGGCGCAUCAUUUUUUCGCCCUUCGUCAGCAUGCUAUCGAAGCCUGUAUGCGUCUGCAUGCAGAAAAAUAG